CUACCUGACGCAGCUGAAGCAGCGAGUGUGGAACUGCAAACCCGCCGCCAGCAUCCAGCACCAUGGAGGCGGCCACAGCACCAAAGCCAUGGACAGCCUAUAUACUCGGACACAGCUCACUAUUUCCUAUUUUAAUCUUCCUUAUAAGCCAAUGCUGUCGGAUAAGAGCAGAUGACGGCGGCAUUGAGGAACUUGCCACGGAGAAAGAGGCAGAGGAAAGUCACAGGCAGGACAGCGUGAAUUUACUCACAUUCAUUUUGCUUUUGACACUCACCAUCCUCACGAUAUGGCUCUUCAAACACAGAAGAGUGCGUUUCCUGCACGAAACCGGGCUGGCGAUGAUAUACGGUCUGUUGGUGGGUGUUAUUUUGCGGUAUGGCAUCCCCUCUACCAGCUACCAUAACAAGACUCCUCCAAGCUGCUCUCUGAAGCAGGGCCCUGUCAGCACGCUGCUCCUCAACGUUAGCGGAAAGUUUUUCGAGUACGCACUCAAGGGGGAGAUCAACUCCAGGGAGAUCCAUAAUGUGGAGCAGAAUGAUAUGCUGCGCAAGUUGACCUUUGACCCAGAGGUGUUCUUUAACAUUCUGCUACCUCCCAUCAUAUUUCACGGCGGAUACAGCCUCAAGAAGAGACAUUUCUUUAGAAACCUUGGAUCCAUCAUAACUUAUGCUUUUUUGGGCACUGCCAUUUCCUGUUUUGUCAUUGGAAACCUCAUGUAUGGUGUGGUGAAACUGAUGCAGGUUUUGGGUCAACUUACUGACAAGUUUUACUACACAGACUGCCUCUUCUUCGGUGCCGUCAUAUCUGCCACAGAUCCAGUCACUGUGCUUGCAAUCUUUAAUGAGCUUAAUGCCGACGGUGAUCUCUAUGCACUGCUGUUUGGAGAGAGUGUCAUGAACGAUGCGGUCUCCAUCGUCCUCUCGUCGUCGAUUGUGGCGUAUCAGCCUACAGGAGCCAACACACACACGUUUGAUGCCUCGGCUUUCUUCAAAUCAGUGGGGAUCUUUCUGGGCAUCUUCAGUGGCUCUUUUGCUAUGGGAGCUGUUACUGGAGUGGUCACUGCCCUCGUGACAAAAUUCACCAAGCUACACUGUUUUCCUCUGCUGGAGACGGCUCUGUUCUUCCUCAUGUCCUGGAGUACUUUUCUCCUGGCUGAAGCUUGUGGAUUUACAGGUGUUGUGGCCGUGAUGUUUUGUGGAAUCACACAGGCACACUAUACUUACAACAAUCUUUCCGAAGAAUCCACCAAACGCACCAAACAGUUGUUUGAGGUCCUGCACUUCCUGGCGGAGAACUUCAUCUUCUCCUACAUGGGCCUGGCACUCUUCACCUUUCAGAAUCACGUCUUCAGUCCUAUUUUCAUAGUCGGAGCAUUUCUAGCCAUCUUUAUAGGCCGGGCAUUAAACAUCUACCCCCUGUCCUUCCUGAUAAACCUAGGCCGAAGGCACAAAAUCCGUGGAAACUUUCAACACAUGAUGAUGUUUGCAGGCCUCAGAGGGGCGAUGGCGUUCGCGCUAGCGAUCCGUGACACAGCCACAUAUGCCCGGCAGAUGAUGUUCACCACGACCCUGCUCAUCGUCUUCUUCACAGUGUGGGUGUUUGGUGGAGGCACCACACCGAUGCUUUCCUGGCUGCAUAUAAGAGUCGGCGUAGACCCAGAUCAGGAUCUUCAGCCAUGUGGAGACAGUUUCCAGGUCCUGCAGGACGGAAGCCAGUCAGAAGGGCAAAGCAAGACGAAGCAGGAGAGUGCCUGGCUCUUUAGACUUUGGUACACUUUUGACCACAAUUACCUGAAACCCAUCCUGACUCACAGUGGCCCUCCUCUGACCUCCACUCUUCCGGCCUGUUGUGGUCCGCUGGCUAGCUGUCUGACCAGCCCUCAGGCCUAUGAGAGCCACGAGCAGCUGCGAGACACCGACUCGGACAUCAUCCUGAACGAUGGCGACCUGUCGCUGACGUAUGGCGACACGGCCAUCACCGCCAACGGAGCCUCAUCUUCAUCCGGCCGUGAGGGAUCGGCAGGGAGCUGGGGGAUCAAUGGCAAACGCAGCGACAGCACAUCGGAGGAUGCUCUCGAGCGAGAACUGGACGCACGUGAACACGAGUUCCUGAGCCGUAGCACGCGUCUCGUCUUCCCCAUCGAGGACAACGCUUGACCCCGCCCCCACACAUGUACCACGCCUUUCCACAUGCGCUCCAUACCUUCACUUUUUGUUCAUCGGAAGCCCCCUCGAUGCCUACAAUGAUUCAUGAAGGGGGAUGACAAUGUGAAGGAAUAAAAAUGGAAAUGAUUUGGGACAUAGAGUGGAAGUGGUGUUAUUGAUGCUGAAUCUUGAGACUUGAUUCAGGAUAUCCCUGUGUUAAUGUGAGUUACAGGAGAGAAAUGUAAAACUCCUGAGAAUGAUGACUGCUCGGGCUGUCGAAUGAUGUAAGCGCUGUCGUAUAUGAUGAUGGUCAGUCGCCGUGUGUUCCCGAAACCUUCACAUUCAUACUGCAACACAAUGCUUCUUGCUACAUUCUAACAAGUCAGCGCAUUCAUUAUUUGUUUUCUUUUGGCAACAUACUAAAAAAAAGAUGAAAGAACCUGGAACACACAAAGAUAUUAAAGAAAAACUGUUUUGAUGCAUACACACCAAACCGACAACUCCGUGUUAUAUCCAAUCUUAUUCAAUCUUUUGCAUUGAAUUAAUUCAUACUUUUAAUCAUUUCAUGGAUGAAUAACUCUGUAAAUACUCAAGGCUGUAUGUGACAGGCUGUCGAAGUUUCAUCCCACGACACAUACUUACAACUACAUUUGUCAUAUCUCCCGCCCUAUCGCCCUUCAAUGCACCAGAUCAAGUUUACAUGCAGCUGCUUCUUGACGUCAAAUCCUGGCUCGUGGCCAAACGUUGUAAAUACAAAUCCACAGAUCCCUGUUGCUGUGAAGUUUUGCGCAGCUGGCCGCAACCUGAGUGUAUGACCCAUGCACUUUAGCUAUAGCUGAGCUGCGGUCCUCACAUGCAUGCAUCGCAUUUGGAAGCGUUACUUAUAAUAUUUGCUUCUUAUCCUCUUACAACCAGAACAGAUAUGUGCUACAAAUAGACGUGUGGCGUUCCCUUUGCACCUUUAUAGCUCAAUGUAUCGAGCGUUUGUGAAGAUGGAUUACUUAUUAAUGUAUGCAAUUUAAUGAGAAUUGACAGAAUCCUGUUUCUCCUGUUUCUUAUGCGUGCGUCUACAGGAGAAUCUCAUUGAUAAUGCAAGUCUAAAGUCCACGCGAAUAAGAUUUUUUAUCAGUAAAUAGCUCACCUAACCUCUUCUUAGCUCUGAAUGUAGAUGUUUGAUUCAUUUUUGGAUUUGAUAUAUCCAUCUUCACAACAAACUAACUAUUCACUCUCUCUGUUAGCCUAAAUAAUCCGGAUGAUAUUACAGCCAACUCAAUAAUGCCCGCGCCUGGCCUGACUGCUGUUUGCUUUUAUCACGGCCAUCAAAGACUUCAAUGGAAUCGAGUUUCAAUGCCAUUUUGUUUCCAAGUGGGGAUUGAAACGUGCGUUAAGGAGAUUUGCACAAUUUAAGAGGGAGUUUUUGCUGAUGGACUCGUGCAGUUAUUUCGAACCUCGGAGCGGUGUUCUGUCGAUUUUUGCUUCCCAUCAGAUUUUGCUACCCUCGUGUUGUGAUUGGCUUGGGGGAACACCGGCUGUAGCAAAUGUCCGAAAAGUGAUGUUAUUCGGGAAAGAAGUCACGCUGAUGUGAAAUGCCAUUUCCAACCUGAUUUAUAGCUUUUGUCUUGACCUUUGAUCGACUUGUAUCUAAAUCUCCUUGUAGCAUUCAUAUUUUCCUGGCUGUCGUGCAUGUGUCUGUAUCUGCCAUAUAAACAAACAUACGAAGAAUCAUAAGCUACCAUUUUUCAUGUCUGUGGUGUAUUGAACUACUAAGAUGCUCUAUUUUUCACCAAAAGUCGUUAUUAUUGUUUAUAAUAAUUAUUAUUAUAUGUAAAGAUGCACUCAGCCUGUCAAAAAUGCAUUGAAACUGUGCUCUGCGUUGUGGUUUGUUUAUAAAAAAUAGCCAAUGUAUCAAAGUGGUCAACAGCAGCAAUAUCAAAUUAAGGUGUUUGUCUUCUUUUCUAUGUCAUUA